UUUAAGAUUAGGUUCAUGUGUAGGUGAACACUUGUUACAUCCUCAAGGAUGCCAUUGACAUCUUCUUAGCUUCAAUGCCUUGUAAUCCAUUUUUCAACAUAAAACAAAGAUUGAGGAAGAAAGAAAGAAUGUGGGAUGCUGGGAAUGAGAUAGGGAUUUAGAAGGGUAAAUGUGAAAGAUGACAUCUUUUGUAUUAUGCAGAUAUUGGUGUGUUACACUUAGCAAUUAUGUAUGUUUUUCCCAUUUUGGGAAAUGAAACUGGAUACUUCAUACUUCUUGUCUCAGUGAAGCAUUUUUGUGCUGACUAAUGCCGGAUUAUUUGGGGCAUCUUAGUUGUUGCAUUCUCAUACGUUAUCAAUUUUUUAAAGGGAUAUUUUUUCCUCUUUUGAAAGCAAAAAUUUCCAUUCCAAUAAAGUUCUUCAUGACUCCAUAGAAGACUUGCUUAAUUACCAUAUCUGCAAAACUAUCAGUUCUUAGGGUUUCCUUAAUUGACUAAUGCAGUUAUUUAUUUCCUGAGAGUUAUUACUAUGGAUGGUGAGGUUGAUUGCAGUUUGUCAAGUAACGGGCAAAACCUGCCACAACGCUCUACCCUUGAAAGUUUAGACCUUGAUGGUUAUCUUACCAUGGGUAAGCGUACAAGUCUAAAUUUGCCCACGGAGCCUGCUGAUCUCAUUAUCCCUGGAACUCCUGAUUCCAAGCAAAAAGUUGUGGAAUAUGCAGAUGAUUUUGAAUCCUCAACUUCUUGCAUUCCAAGGGCUCUCAACUUGGGCUCUCAGAACGGAGACCUUUCCCCACACAGUCAGAGUCCUCGCACCCCCAGAGACAACGUGUUUGAUCCUUUUGCUCCUGGGCCAGAUCACCUGCUUCUAGCUCCUCUUUGCAAAAAAAAUGAUGCAGAUUCACGAACCAGCGUUGCCCGUACGCUAAAGUUUAAAGAACUCUCCAAUUUUGAUUUGUUUAUGGAUCAUGAUAUUGAUGUUCAUACCAUGUCUGAGGAAGAUAUGCUCGAAACGUUAUACAGAAUGCUGUUGAAGCUUAUUAUUUCAAGGCAUAGGGAAGAUAUUCUUGCUGGGAUCUCAGUUCCAUUUUGUGAUUCUGAUGGUGAGACGACACCCACAUCUGUACCUCUUUUAACCGGAGUUGCUGAGAGCUGUCCUGGCGCCCCCAGGAAGACUGCAAGAAAAGUCAUAAACAUCGACAAGGGGCUGUGCAAGAAGCUUGAGUUUUGAUGCUUUCUUUCUUGUGUGCAAGAAGAAGACUGCAGCCUUGACAUGGUGAAGAUGUAUGUGAUAUCCCCAAUAAAUCGAGUCCGUUGUC